AUGCAACCAAGACGAGCAUACUCGAUUUACGAAACUCCACAAACAAACAUCACUCGGAAAUCGAGCUGAAAUCGGAAGAAUCAGAGUUCAGGAAUGUCAAGCAUCUUUGGUGGAGGAGAGACAUACCAAGAUACAAGCCAAAGGAAUGCUAGAAUAUCUUCUACAGCAGGUUCUAAUAUAGUUCAUUCACCUCAAUAUCAAGGACAAAGUUUUACCUCUCCUGGAGAGGAUAGUUCAGCAUUCUCUAAUCCUUUGGAUGUUCUGGAGUCAUUCAAGAAGACUGCCUUGGAUGAGUUAAUGCAUAAGCAUAAUUCUGAAUAUAAUCAGAAUAAUGAACAGCCUUCUGAGAAUACUUAUGAUAGACCUUAUACCUCUGAAGCUCUUAAAAAUGCUCGACCUGAUCUUUCAGACCAGAGAAAGGGACAUCACUCUCCAGUUCGACCAACCCAAGAAUUCCCAAACCAGGAUGAACAGCCUCAUUUUGAAGUCCCGGCUGAAGUCAGGAAUAAUCCGAUGACCGAAGUAGAAGAGUCUAAAGCAGAAUUAUCAAACAAAGCUCAGAUGAGAACAACGAAGCCUCCAACUAAUAAGAAAAAGAAGAAUCCCUGGGAUAACCCUCCAGAUGACACUUCUGUAAUAUCCAAAGAGAAUUACCACUACGCCAAGGAAAAAUUAAGGAAGGAUCAAGAACGACUCAAAAAGUCAACUUACAAACAAAAACAAAAGAAUAAAGAUGAGAAACCACAGAAAAGAGGGAGGCAGUGGUCAAAACCUCCUCCUGUUGGCCAGGAAAAGCCUGGAAAGCACUCUUUUUUGAAACGGAAAGAACCUUCGUAUCGGCCUCCAUCUGGUGUGAAAAGGAAUCUCAAGAGGAAUGUGGAUAAAAGUCCUCGCAAGCAAGAACCAUAUCAGAGAAGAACAGGCCUAAACUUCAGUCAUGGCAAUAUGAAGCAGAAGAACCAAGAUCUUGAGGAUAUUAUGAGCAUUGCAGACCAAACCGCUGAGAAAUUUGCGAAGCAAUCAAAUAAAAAAGCUGGCCAUAACAAAGGAAAUGAGGAAGAAAAAAAUCCUAGAACUAAAAAUCCUCCCAGGAGGAAUAUUACAGAAGACCAUUCAUAUCUCACACAGAAUGAUUUGUCCGAAAUAAAGAGAAAGCUAAAAGAGCCAAUCCCUGAUUUGGAUGUUAGUGAGCCCCAAGAUUUACCAGAGGCUCCUGAAAAUCCUCCUGAGGAGGUUUAUUCACCAUCUAAGCCAGAUAGAUCAGCAACUGAAAGAGUAAGUCCUCCUCCACUAGAGAGAGCAUCUCCUCCGAAGAUGAUGAAGUCUCCUGCUAAAAUAGAUCAUGAACCAAGAGAUGUACCUGAUCAUGAAGAAUUAAUUCAGGAUUAUGCUAAUGAUUCUGUGCAACAAGUAAAGAAAAACCCUCCUCAAAAGCCAAAGCCUCAAAGAAUGAAAAGAAGGCCAGGAGCUAGCCAGAUCAAUCAAGAUGCAGUCGUAGUUUACAAGAAUUGUGACCUCCAAUCUGUGAUAAGUAAUCUCCGACAGGAAACUGUUAGCAAAAAUAAAAAGGCAGAAGUAGACCAAAGGAGGUAUAUUAUACUCAAAAGUCAGUUAGAUUCCAUAAUCACUAAGAACAAUGCCUUGCUUGAGACUAAUAAAAGACAAAGAAAAUGUAUGCUAGAAGCAUUACAGUGCAUGAAUGAUACAGAGAAUUAUCUCAAACAGCAAGAGCUUGUUAAUGCACAGAAUCCUGAAAAUUCUGAUGCACAGUCAAGUGAUAUAAAGUAUUCAAAGAAUGUUAAAUCAUGCAAAAAGAGGCUUGAAAACAUUCUUAAAGAAGAAAGAAGAAACUACACUCUAUCACACUUUACUCAUAAUCCUCUAUAUCCUUUGGAUUAUGUGGAAGAUCCUUAUUCAAGUAUCGAAGAGGAAGAAAAAGAAAUCGACAUUAAAAUUGAUAGGAAUAUGUUGUUUAACAUAGAGCAGAAGUUAUCCAACAUCCUCAAAAGAUCCCUCGAAAUGUACAAGAGCAACAUCAUUGACAAGAAGCCUUUCGAGAAAGUCAAAGUUCUCAAAUUCUCAGAAGGCUUGAGGGACUGAAUUAACGACCUGAUCACCACAGGAGUCGGAAUCAGAGACAGAGAUUGCAGAGAGUCAGGAGCAAGUCCAUUCCAGCAGUGGGAUGAUUAUGUAGAGUCUAAUCUCACUUUUAAAAUUGAUCCAACUCAUCUUAAAAGAGAUGAGAAAUCAGAAUAUCUCAAUGAUGAUCUCAUUGAAACUCUAUGGGAUAUUGCGCAAUGGAGUAACACUAAAAAGAAAGAGAAGAAGCAAGAAUUCUAUGAUAUUGUCGACCAAAUUAGGAAAACAGAGAGAGCUGACAAAACUAAAAUAAAGAUCUGUGAGAAUCAAAUUAGAUUGCUAAGAGGCUGAUUCAGUGAGCUCUAUGAUGAAAUAGAAGUAUUAAAAAGGCGUGCUAAAUCAGACAUUAAUAAGAUAGUCAACAAGGUGGAACAUAAACUCGAUGAAAACUUUAUUGAUCUCGAGAAUACUUUAGAGAAAUGAAGAAUCAAUGAAGCCAAUGAUGUUGAUGCUGACUACACUGAACUUUAUGCAAUAUUCAAUCAUCUACAACCCCAGAUAAGAGAGGCUCUUGACUGUAUCCUAGAAAACAAGGAUGAAGACUACCAAAAUGUCUUUGGCAUCAACUCAAAGAUCAAAGAGCUGCUGACUCAGGAUUAUUUUAUUGAGUAGAUUCAAUUCUUUACUAAA